UCGCAACGCACAGCUCUUACCCGAUCUGAGAUUUUCAUGCGCGCCUGAGUCGCAGCAGGUCCUAUGGCCAAAGGCGACCAUAUAUUCACCAGAUUGGUGACCAAAUCGUGAUGGGAUCCCGGAUCGUCAUCAUCAUCACGCGUCUCAGAGGAUGUCGGAAAUCAUGUGAAAUUUCACACGCAGUCCGAAUUGACGAGGCAGACGCGGUUGAAAUACGCGACUUUCUUGCAGCAGGAGCUGGAUUUUCUCGUUGCAGAGGCUAUUUCUGUCAAUAUGUGAUGGUGACGCGUCGCGUUAUGUGGGAAGUGGGUGAGAAAGCUCGUGAACUGUAGCCUGUGUAUCCAAUCCACGUGACUGAAUGUAACGAACCGUGACUUGUCUCACGUGAACGCAUCACGCACGCGUUUCCUCUCGCCGAAGUCUUCACGCUGUCAGUCUCUGGUUGCCUCAACAUCGUAUGAAGCGAGACGAAUACGCCACUUUGCGCGCAGAAAUCAAGAGCUGGGAGCGCGAUUUCAAGGCCCAGCAUGGCAGAGGCCCCACGGUUGAGGAGAUAAAGGAGCAGCCCGAGCUUGCCGACAAAUACCGUCGCUAUAAGAAGCUCAGUAAGGUGGCGGAAUCGCGUCCAGCAGAAAACACCCAACCUCUCCCCGGUUUCAACCCGUUCUCUCCAACGAAGAGCAAGGAGAGAACGAACGGGACACUGUCAAAGGGACCCCGACUGAAACCGUUCGUUCUGGAUGUUCGAGAACCGUCGCCGAGCUUCGGAGGUCCCUCAGCUUCAACUUCCCAUGCUUCCGACAUUAGGGACCCUUUCAUCACCACUCCCAUCUCACGCGCGCGUAAACGACUUCGCGGCGAACCCGUAUCACCAUCACCGAGUAAGGACAAACGUCGGCGUAUCGUUGCUUCAGGAGGAGACUCGGACGACGAUAUGGCAGGAGCUGCAUCUUUCAUAGCCGAUUCGCCUGUCAAGCUACCUGCUGGUGGCCGGUCCUUCCAACAGUUAUUUGACGAAACAACCGCUGCAAAGCCUGCCUUCCCCGCGUUGCAUGGGAAAAGGCCGAACGCCAAUCUACUUUUGUCGAUCGGCGCCAGGAGCAGGCCAAGACACGACAAGAGUGUGUUUCCUGCCUCGUUGCCUCCAGAACCGGCUCUAUCGUCUCAGGGAGAGGAUGACCCGUUCAUUGACAAGGAGCCGGCGAAGGCCAAGGUCGCAAUCCCGGACGAUGAAAUGAUGGUGGACGAUCCUGCACAACAAAUCGACUCAAUACCGUCCGAACCUCUUCUUCCACCCUCCCCGACAGCACAGCAGACGAAGGCGUUGCCUGCUCCUCAUCUCAAGGGAAAGGGCAAGGCAGGGCCUGGGCUUAAGAAAGCAAAUCUCACUCUUGGAGAUGAUAGUGAUUCUGACAGCGAGAUGUAUGGCACGCAGCCGGCGGUGAGGAUGUUCGAUCGAACAGCCUCUACUAGCCGUGUUUUGGACAGUGACAUGGAUGAAGACGCGUUUAAUCUCAUGCCCAAGGCUCAUUUUGGCACGGAGGACGAUGGCGAUCCCGUUCCUGCAUCAUCGGAAGCUAUCUUGUUGCCUGAUAGUCUCCGCGCCGUACUUUCUCUCGCUCCGACAAUUCGUGAUGUGCCAGAUGAAGGAGUGGCGAAGCAUUUGCUCUCUGGUGACCAAGGAUACUAUGAUGCAGUGAAGGGCGGAGAAGUUUGGGGAGUGGGAGAAUUUGGCGAAGAGGAGCAGGAUGAAUUCGCUGCAGGGCAGGUCAGCAGGGCAGCGCAAGGAAUUUACGAUGAGGAAGACGAAUGGGAAGGCGAGGGUGUUCCAUGGGAGGUCGGUGAGAUGUAAAAGCGUGGGCCGACGGGCUCUUACCCACGUGUCCUACGUCUAAUUUGUAGGUUCCACGACUCAUGAAUACACUCCUGCGGACAUGUGUGUGAUGUACACGAUACCGCGGAAGGCAAGGCGUGGCUUCAAGCAGGCUGGUCCAAGUAGGUUAAAACAGGAAACGACUACCUAGACCAGCAUAUGCCUGGUCUGUCCAGCAUUCUUCCUGCACUCCACCGCCGUUCGAGUAGCAUUCGAGAGCGUAUUCGUACACUCAGCAUCCGAUCCAGCACCAGCACCAACACUACAGAAUCGUACAAGCCAUACUCAGUUUAUCACCAAGCCGCUGCAACUAUGCCGAUUCCUCCAGCCAUCUCCAUUCUUGAUUCGUCCGAGGUCACACAGAAGAUCUUGGAGGCGCUGUUGGAUCUACCCAACGGACGACGAGCUCUGUCGCGACUCGCCAGGACCUGCCAUGCGUGGAUGGACCCCACCCUGGAUAUUCUCUGGCGCGAGCUCGGUGCGUCCCGAUUCACAUCUGUAGCCGCCGCUAGACGAAUCAUGCAGACUCUUUGGUGCCCAUCUUGGGAUUGUUCCCCGGGUCGCUCCUAAAGAAGGCCAAGAAGCCCGGACUGGGUUUUGUGAGUGAUCAGAAACGCCUUGCUUCAACUGUCUCAUAUCGCAAUCCUAGGCUGCCGCGCCCACAGACAAGGACUGGGACAAAGUAUUAAAAUACGGUCCCAGAGUGCAAAAGAUCACCUACGACGAACUGCUCAACAACGUCUCGAAUACCGUCUUCCCCGUGUUCGAGGAGUUCCGCCCGAAGACACACAUUCUUCCCAAUCUCCGUCAGCUCACGUGGAAAGUGCUCGCUGCAGAGAAUCUGGAUCGCGCUGGGUUGUUCCUGACACCGGAGCUUCAACAUCUCGUCCUUCAUCUCAACGGGGCCGGAGUCAAGUACCCGACCUUGCCGACGUUCCUGGCGGACCUCGGCAGUCGGAUGAGGCUCGAGUCGCUGUCCAUGGUGUCCUCUGUGGCCCUUCCAGAAAACGUCACCCAUCUCCUCAUGCCGCAGCGAGGUCUAGCCUCCAGUCUCUGCAGCUCGACUUGUCGGGCAAGUCUUCCGUCGUUGUCGGCGGCUUCUUCCGAGACCUGGACUCUGGAGCGUCGACCCCCGAGUCUAUCGAGUCACACACUGACAGCGGUGUGUUUUCGGGAGAAGAGGCCGAUUUCAGCGAGAUCCGCAGGUCUCUGCUCAAGCUCACUGGUGACACGAGAAGUCAUAGGGCAUUUGCAGAGCUUAGACAGUUGCAGCUCACGGGCUCGGCUGCUGCUAUCAAUGCCUUCAUCUCUCGUCUCUCCGCGUCGGUCUCGUCCUUGGAGUUGAUUAUUGAGGAUCCACCGAGUGCGAGGGAUUGGCAGGAGCUCUCUGCUAUGAUUGGUGACAGAUUCGGAAGCUCCCUUAUGACCUUACGCAUCGGUGCGACUGCGUCCUCGAGAUUCAGCGACCUAGUUCGUUCGACUUCGAGAGUGGCCCCGGCUCCCAGCCGGCUUUCUCUGAUGCGCCUGUCCGCUCUCCCGGCCUUGAGAACCCUCUCGAUCGAUCUCCCCGAAUCGAUAUGCUUCACUGCCAAAGACAUCGCCAAACUGGCCAGUGUUGCGCCUGGGCUAGAAGACAUCCGCCUGUGCCCUCUCUCUCGUUUCACAGCGACCUAUCCACCCCAGUUGACGCUCCAGGAUCUCACUCCGCUGCUGAAAGAUUGCAAACGGCUCACGUCGCUCUCGGUCGUCAUCAAUGCGAAGGGUGGAGGCGUAGACCCUAAGGUGUCAUCCGCUUCGCUGCGCUGGUUCCAUAUCGGCAAUUCUUGGAUCACCGAUACGUUCCAGGUCGCCAUCCUGCUCAGCCAAUUGGCCCCAUAUCUGGAGACGAUCAAAUGGUUCAUGGAGCGCAACCGACCUGGAUUCAACGAAGCGAACGCCAGAGGGUGGCAGAAGGUUUCCGAUAUCUUGCCGUAUUUGCAAGACCUUCGGCUAUCAGAGCGCAGGGCUGCGAUGCCAGAGAGGGAAGUCAUUGUUGAAUAUGUCAAAGUUGAGGCCGCUCGGCCACAGACAGUCGACAAGGGAGUGGACGCGACUGUGUCAACUAUGGAUUGCGCGAUCGAGGCACGGCCUUCGACUGUCGAGUUCUCUAUUCAGGCCGAGCCUUCGACGAGAGAGUUCCAAAUCCAGGCGACUCCGUCCCUCGUCUCGAUAGGCAUCGGAGCCAUACCCGAAACGUCAGACGCAGAGGUCGAUGCAGCUGUGGCGCCCGUCCAGUUGCACUCCAUGGAGAUUCAGACUGUUGACGAGGGUUUCCAGCUUUCCUCUCGACCCAACCACUAUUAUCACCCUAUAGCCAGCCUUUCACCCCUCUCCUCGUUGAUGUCUUUGGCAGGAAUCGUUGGAAUCAUCCGUUUUUUGGUUUCAUACCCCCUGGGGAUCCCCGUGCGCAUCCUCCACAGCAUCCUGGGAUUGGUGAAGUGGGAGAGGAUUGAUUCACGGCCCGCGCCAGAAACAGUCGAUGUGGCG